AUGUUAAGGACUAUCCAAUCUUUUUCUUUAGAUGGUGAAGCAAAAUUAUCCUUUUUACCUAAAAACAAAACAAAUUAUUAUCUAAAAUCUUUAAUAAAAAAUAGAAAAUUGAGACCAAAAAGUCAAGAAGCAGACGAUUCUAAUUAAUAAAUUAUAAAUCAAAAGAUAGGUCCAUCAAGAAGAAAAAGUUGUUAUUGUAAUUUAUGUGGUUUCACUAGUAAAAAAUAAUAAACAUUUAUGGAUUUUUAGUUAAUCAAAAAUUCCACUUUGAUCAAAAAACCACCUAUUCAUAAUGAUAGAAGAAGUACUUUAAAUCUACAAAGUACAAGUAAGAAAUUAUCAUAUAUAAUAAGAUAGAAGUGUUUUUUAUAGAAGGAACACUUAAAAAAAAGAGGAAAGAACAGAACUUCCAAAAUCACCAGUCUAUGAUCUAGGUGAUUCAAAAAAUACUGAUUGGUAUGUACGCUAAAUUGUUAAAAGAAAUUCUAGAAUUAAUGUUCAAAAAUUCGUUGAUAAUUCAUUCUCUAAAAACUCAUAAUAAUAAUCCUAAUCAAACAAAAAAUUAAAUAUUGAUGAUUUGAUGAAUGUAAAAAGUCAAUAAACUAUACAUCUUCCUUAUAGUAUAAGUAUUCUAUAUAAUAAUAAUGUAAUAAGAUAGUCCUAGUGUUAGAAUUCGAACUAUUGGGGCCUUUGACUAAGAUAACACAAUAACAUCUCCAAAAUGUAAAGAUCUUCCUAAGUUAUCUCCAUAUUUAAGCUUUCGCUAACUUAAUACAAAUCUCCUUGUUCCUAUCAAAUACAAAUCUAACAUAUCAAUGUCAAGAAAAGUCUAAAAAAAAAUAUUAUCAUAUUCCAAAACUUGA